AUGAUCAUAUUGGCUUGGGUCCUAGCAUGGCUUAGCGCCAGUGCUAUCGCCCAUAGCCUUGAUGACGAAUUCAUGUCCUUUGUUACCCUCCCCGAGGUGUAUGCGCCAAGAUUUGAGAUUCAAUAUCAUGACCGCAACCGCGUGGGCCCGGGGUAUUGGUUUGUUGCCCCGUAUGGCAAGAUGAUCCCCAAAAACCCGAUAACGGGUCGACGACCAUUCCAUGUCGGGCCUCAUAUUUACGACCAAAAUGGAACUCUAAUCUGGACCGGCUCUCAGAUGGUCGAAAAUCUCAGAACUUAUGAUUUCAAGACCAUUCGUGAGACCGACGGACAAAUUCGGCUGUCCUUCAUAGUAGCAAGAAAUAGAACUGCUAUUCGAGGACGCGCGAUCGUGCUGAACCAGAACUAUGAGGUCGAGUUUGAGACCAGUGGACCGGAUGGAGUCGAAGAAUUCGACUUUCACGAAUUCAAUGUACUUUCCGGGGGCAAAUCGGCCUUAGCCUGUGUGCAUUGGACGAAAGAAAUGAGCUUGGCCGACUUUGGCCGCUCUGAUGAAAAGUCGUCCUUCAUUUCCGCUGGAUUCUAUGAGGUUGAUAUGUUCACCGGUGAUAUUUUGACUCAGUGGGAUUCUUCAGCGCCAGGAAAUAUUGCGAUUCAUGAAUCUGUUCAGCUUGGAAAUGAUUCAUCGCCGCAAGAAGCCCCAGGCUACGACUAUUUGCAUAUCAACUCGGUUGACAAGCAAGCCGACGGCCACUACCUAGUAUCCAUGCGUUUCACUAAUACGAUAUAUCUGAUAUCCGGUAUUGAUGGCAAAAUUCUUUGGCGAUUAGGCGGAAGUGAAACCGACUUUGAUCAAGACUUCGUUUUCUCGAAACAGCACGACGCCAGAUUUUUGGAGUCAAAUGGAACCCACCAUGUCAUUUCUUUUCUGAACAAUGCUUCUGAUGACGAGAAGAAUGAAGAACCCCUAUCUUCAGCCUUGAUUGUUGGACUGGAGACAAAUGUUUCACCAAAGAGAGCAAGAGUCAUCAGUCGUUACAAUCGACCCGACAAUCAGUUGACUCGGCUUCGAGGCAAUAUUCAACAACUUCCCAACGGCAAUGUCUUUGUGGGCUGGAGUGACCAUGGAUAUCAUUCCGAAUUCUCAUCCGACGGAGAGGUUUUAAUGGAGGCAAGGUUUCUCAUGAACUACGAAUUCGCAACUUAUCGGGCAUAUAAGUCUGAGUUCAUCGGCCGACCAAAUACGCCGCCAGCUCUCAUAGCUUCAGUCACUGAGUCUCUAGAACAAGGAUUCCUCACCACGAUCUAUGCUAGCUGGAAUGGUGCAACAGACAUUGCAUCGUGGGACUUUUACGCCCAGGGAGGAGAAGACUAUGAACGCUUUCUUCUUGGCACUUCCGAGAAGACAGGAUUCGAGACCAAAUUUGAAGUCAAAGGUCAUUUCGGCUGGAUCUCUGCGGAGGCUAUUGAUCACAAGGGCCAUGUUUUAGGGAGAAGUAAAGUGCAUCACAUUGCAACUCCUUCUCACUGGGAAGGAACAGAGGUCUCUGAGACUGCGACUCCUGAAUCUUUGAAAAAGUCACUUGCCUUCCCAGUUCUCCUACCUGUCUUUGUUGCGUCAAUUGCAAUCUUGGUUGUAGUCUUUUGGUUUGCCACAAAUCGGUUGAGGCCUUUCAAGCAUUCUUAUCAGCGUGUCCCCGCAGAAGUGGAAGAUACCGAGCUACAAGAAUUUCGAUAG